UCCCGCCGCUCAGUUUCAUUUCCCUGGCAGCCUCGGAGGCUCCUGCUGCAGUCGCUGCGAGGUUGCCGUGCGUCCCGUCCGGUCCUCCCCUCAGCGCGCCAUGGCGGAGCUGUCCCUGGCCGACGAGCUGAUGUGCUCCAUCUGCCUGGAGCCCUUCAAGGUGCCGGUCACCACCCCGUGUGGCCACAACUUCUGCGCGUCGUGCCUGGACGAGACGUGGGCCGUCCAGGGCGCGCCGUACCUUUGUCCGCAGUGCCGCGCCGAGUACCAGACGCGGCCGCAGCUCCACAAGAACACGGUGCUGUGCGCGGUGGUGGAGCAGUUCUUGCAGGCCGAGCUGGCCCGCGUGGCGGUCCCCGACGACUGGACGCCGCCCGUCCGCGCCGCGGCCCCCAGCCCCACCAGCCAGGUUGCCUGUGACCACUGCCUGAAGGCGGCCGCCAUCAAGACAUGCCUCGUGUGCAUGGCCUCCUUCUGCCAGGAGCACCUGCGGCCGCACCUCGACAGCCCCGCUUUCCGGGACCAUCCGCUGCAGCCGCCGGUUCCCGACCUGUUGCACCGCAAGUGCCCCCAGCACAACCGGUUACGGGACUUAUUCUGCCCCGAGCACAGCGAGUGCAUCUGCCAUAUCUGCUUGGUGGAACACAAGACUUGCUCGCCUGUGUCUCUGAGCCAGGCCAGCGCUGACAUGGAGGCCAAGCUAAAGCAUAAACUGACCAUCAUGUACAGUCAGAUCAAUGGUGCAUCGAGAGCGCUGGAGGAUGUGAGAGCCAGGCAGCAGGAUGUGCGGGAUGCUGCACAAAGGAAGAUGGAACAGCUUAGACAAGAAUAUUUGGAAAUGAAGGCUCUCAUUGAUGCUUCCGAGGCCAGCUCCACACGAAAGGUAAAGGAAGAAGAAAAGAGGGUCAGCAGCAAGUUCGACAACAUUUACCAGAUUCUCCUCAAGAAGAAGAGUGAGAUCCAGGCUGUGAAGGAGGAUAUUGAGCUUGCCCUGACUAAAGGGGACGAGUUUGAGUUUCUGGAGAAAGCGGCAAAAUUGCAAGGAAUCUCAACAAAGCCAGUCUACGUCCCCAAGGUGGAGCUGAAUCACGAGCUGAUAAGAGGUAUCUGCCAGAACACCACAGACCUCAAAAAUGAGCUGAAGCGCUACAUCAGGCAGCCCCAGAAGCCCGAGGAGCCCACCGUCUCAGGGGACCCUACAGAGCAUGGUGCAGCGCCCACGCACAAACCUUCACGCCCUGUAAAGAAGAUCGUGAAAGAAGAAAAGAAAGCCAAGAAACUUCCUUCUACUAUCAUGUCACCCAGCAAGACUCUCACCUUCGGAGCCCCGGAACAGCUAGUGGAUUUAAAACAAGUUAGCUUGGAAUCCAAAGCCGCUACCUUGCAGCCAAACUCGGAAUCUCUCAAGGCCAAGGUGCUGGAGACCUUUUUAGCCAAGUCCAGGCCUGAGCUCCUGGAGUAUGCUGUUAAAGUCAUCCUGGACUACAACACCGCCAACAACAAGGUGGCUCUGUCAGAGAACUACACUGUAGCCUCCGUGGCUGACACACAGCAGAACUACAGGCCACAUCCCCAGAGGUUCACCUACUGUUCUCAGGUGCUAGGUCUGCACUGCUACAAGAAAGGGAUCCACUACUGGGAGGUGGAGCUGCAGAAGAACAACUUCUGUGGGAUGGGCAUCUGCUAUGGCAGCAUGGAACGGAACGGCCCCGAGAGCCGGCUCGGCCGCAACAGCGCCUCCUGGUGCGUGGAGUGGUUCAACACCAAGAUCUCUGCCUGGCACAACAAUGUGGAGAAAACCCUGCCUUCCACCAAAGCCACACGAGUUGGCGUGCUUCUCAACUGCGACCACGGCUUCGUCAUUUUCUUUGCUGUCACCACUGACAAGGUCCACCUGAUGUAUAAGUUCAAAGAGAACUUCACCGAAGCUCUGUACCCAGCCUUCUGGGUGUUCUCUGCAGGUGCCACGCUAUCUAUCGGCUCUGCCAAGUAGGCAGGCCAUGGGCACUCUGGCUGACUGCCUGUGGAGUGCCCAAGACUAGUGAAAAUGCUGCAGGGGCACUCUCUCAGAGACCUUCCCUGAGCAUCUUCAGCGGGUGACAGGAUAGAAGGAGAGUUGGUGGAAGAGUUGAUUCUUUAGGAGAUAAUCAAGGCUGUAGAUGUGGAUCUUUUGAAAGGUAAGAGAACUAUAAGGGCCAAAGCUGGCCAACAUGCCUUAGAAACUUGGAAUGUAGUAAAGCAGCGUUUGGUAUUCUUUCUUGCAUUGCAGGGUGUGUAGACAUACUUACCUGUCAGGGAAUGAAGUGCCUAGGGGCCUCUGGUUGCCCAGACCUCACCCAGCUGCCCCCUAGGGGUUGAGAUUUCAACAGGCCUAUAGCCCAUUUGAGGCUGGCCAUGGGUGAGGAUUCUUGAUAAAGACUACUCAGGCUGAUAGGAUGCCCUUCUGGGCUUUGCUUCAGGAUGAUCUGUGGCUGGAUAUAGGGAGAAGGGGUGGGGGUGUGAGUGAAAGAGUGAGCCACAUGCAGAUAAUUAGCAGCGAUGUGAUAUAAGAGUUCAUUACAAUAUUUUUCUAUUUUCUUUUUUGAUAAUUUUCAUAAUAAAAAGUUUUAAAAAUGAAACAAAACAUAGCCCAGGCCAGUGAUGGGCGGUGUUAGUAGAGUUUAUCCUUCUUUGCAGAGGAGUAGGAGUUCUGGGAGGUGUGGGUCUGAGGUUAUAUAAGGUCAUCACCCUUAUCUGCAGGGGGAUGUGGUCGAAGACCUAAAACCAAAGAUAGUAAGAAAUCCUGUAGAUAGAAUAUUUUUUCCUAUAUAUACAUACUUAUGAUAAAGUUUAAUUUAUAAAGCUAGGCACAGUAGGAGAUUAACAAUAAUAACAAUUAAUAAAAUAGAAGUUGUAACAGUAUACUGUAUUAAAAGUUCUGUGAAUGUGUUCUUUCUCUCAAAAUGUCUCAUAACCGAUCUGAUAGCCAGGAAGGCUACUAUGUGAUGAGCAGGCGGGUGGCAUGUACAGCGUGGACACGCUGGACAAAGGGAUGAUUCACCUCCCAGGGUGGGACGGAGCAGGGCAGUCGGUACAAGAUUUCAUCGUGUUACUCAGAACCACGUGCAAUUUAAAACUUACAAAUUGUUUCUUUCUGGAAUUUUUCAUUUAAUAUUUUUGGACCACAGUUGACCAUGGGUAACUGAAACUGCAGAAAGUGAAACCGUUGAUGGGGGCCAGGGGGUGGGGGCGGUGGAACUACUCUAAUAAAGAAUUGGACUGGCCUUCGUUUCUGGUUCCCUGCGGGGAGAUGCUAAAUCUUUGGAACUUCUCCAGUAAAAGUGUCUUUGUUAUUCCUUGGAUCACAUCUAAGUUUACGCUAGGAGCUGAGAUGACCCAGGAUGAGGGUUGGUCAUCAGAAAGGCCAACCAUGAGAUCAGAGGGUUGGGACUUAGAGGCAGCCUGAUCUCCAUAAGGGGAGAGGGGCUGGAGAUUGAGUUGAAUCAUGUGGCCAUUCAGUUAUGCCUUUAUAAUGAGACCCCAUAAAAACUCUGGACACAAGCUCCACUGAACACAGUGAUGUGCCGGGAGGGUGAUGCAGCCUGAUUCCAUGGGGAGGGGGCAGAGAAGCUCUGCAUUUGGGUCCCUCUUAGAUGUCAUUCUGUGUGUCUGGUCUUGAUUUGUAUCCAUUACAAGAAAAUUGUAAUCAUGUAUAUAGCGCUUUUCUGAGCUCUGUGAGUCUUAGUGAAUUAUUGAACUUGAAGGAGGUCAUGUGCUAUCGGCUAGAAGUUUGUGUAGCCCCAAAAUUCACGUCGAAACCUAACCCCGCAAUGUGAUGGUAUUGAAGGUCACGAGGCUGGAGCCCUCAUGAAUGGGAUUAGUGCCCUCUCAAAAGACCACACAGAGCUCCCUCGCCCCUUCUGCCAUGUGAGGACACAGCAAGAAGACAGCCAUCUAUGAACCAGGAAGCAGUUCCUCACCAGACACUAAAUCUUCCAGCGUCUGGAUCUUGGACUUCCAGCCUUCAGAACUGUGGGGAACAAAUGUUUGUUGUCUAGGCUACCCAGUUUAUAGUGUAUUUGUUAUAGCAGCCCAGACUAAGACAUCAUGGGAACAUCCUGGAUUUGUAGCCAGUCAGAAAUGCGGGUGGCCUGGGGACCACUGAAGUGUGACUGGUGUCUAAAGUGAAGGUAGUCUUGUUGUGACUGUGUCCUUAAGCCUGUGGAGCCUAAAUCUGACUCCAGGUGGUUAGCCCCAGAAUCGUGUCACACUAUACCAGAUGGUGUCAGAAUAGAGGUGGGACUUGCCAACUUUGAAUAGCACUUCUUGACUGACCUGUCAAAAUAAAACAUACUGUACUUAAAAGAA